AUGCCUAGAGCCACCUACCAAAACUACGUGAUGUCGGACGUCUUAGCGCAGAUGGAACGAGAAUGCCAGAAGUUCUGCCCGGUUCCUAGAUUUUCACCAAGAAAGGUUUCAGUAAUUGGCGCCGGCAGUGACGUAGGACGCAUAGUUUCACUUUUUCUCAAACAACAAAAUAUCAUCAAGAUUUUAGCUUUAUACGACGAUGAGCCUGAGCAUAAAGUAUUGGGUGUGGCCACCGACUUGGCGCACAUGGACACAACUACGGAAGUGGAAGCCUACCAAGGAAGAGUGUAUUUACGAAAUGCUCUUUAUGAUGCAGACGUAGUUCUCAUCUGUGGCGGUCACUACGUGUUGCCUCCGUGCUGCGAUAUUAGUGACAGAGAACUGUUCUUCGAGAACAUGCAGCUUGUGCGCACGGUCAGUAUCGCCUGCGCGCAGUUCUGUCCCCAAGCUGUAGUCGCCAUACAGACUCCGCCGGUCGAUUGCAACUUCGCCUUAUGCACCCACACCUUACAAUUAGCGCGGACGUACGAUAAGCGUAAAGUCCUCGGAGUGAACGCAAUCAACUCAAUGCGGGCGAACCAGCUGUUCUGCUCCAUCACGGGAUCCGAUCCUUCCAAGUCGCAUACUCCUGUCGUCUGCGGCACGGGUCGCUGCACAAGGGUGCCAGUGUUCUCCGCUGCUAAAGCUGGGAAUUUUCCUCAGACUCAGGUAGAUUGCCUCACGAGGUUGGUGCGAGAAGCGGACGACAUCAUCUGCAAGGUUAAAUGCAAUAACGAACAAGGACAUUUGUCGUUGGGGUUUUCAACAGCCAGAUUUGUUGUUAACAUAAUGAAAGGUUUAUUUGAGAAACCGACGUUCAUAGACAGUGCGCUCGUCGAACAAGCUCAUCCAGUAAAGUGUUACAACAUGAAUAUUUGUGCCACGCCGGUCACUAUCGGCAAGGGUGGCGUGGUGGAGUAUGCCGUGCCCAAUCUUAAUCAAAUUGAAGCAAGAAUAUUAGAAGAUAGCAAAUGUGAUUUGGAAGACAUGUUAAACCUUGGUCGAUGUCACGCCAUUGGUGAGGAGUACUGCCUCCAUCCAGAUAAAAUCUGUCCCUGCUGUGUGUGUCCCCCGUGCCAAACCUGCAGACCCUGCUAUGAAAGCGAAACAAGACGAAAAAGUAAAUAAAUACUCAUUUCACAAAUGAGUACUAGCAUUGUUUAUAA